AUGGCAGAGUUUGGAACGGUCACCAAGAGCAGAGAUGUGUCACUGGAGACCACGGCUGAGGCCAGCCACGCCCCAGCAUCCCACGUGCCUGAUUACUACACGUGGAUGUGGAAGCUGGACAGUGACGAAGGGAACCGGCUGGACGAGGGCUCAGACGUGGAGUCGGAACCGGACCUCCCUCUGAAGCGCAAGCAGCGCCGCAGUCGGACCACGUUCACGGCCGAGCAGCUGGAGGAGCUGGAGAAGGCCUUCGAGAGGACGCACUACCCGGACAUCUACACCCGCGAGGAGCUGGCACAGAGGACCAAGCUGACUGAGGCGCGCGUCCAGGUCUGGUUCAGUAACCGCCGUGCCCGUGGCGUAAGCGAGGCAGGAGCAAUCAGCUGGCAGCGUCACCACCUUCUGCCCGGGGCUUUCCGCCCACCCAUGCCCACGCUGCCCCCCUACCAGCUGCCGGAUUCCACCUACCCCACCACCACCAUUUCCCAAGAUGGGGGCAGCACCGUGCACCGGCCCCAGCCCCUCCCGCCGUCCACCAUGCACCAGGGAGGGCUGGCUGUGGCCGCCGCAGCCGCGGACACCAGCUCCGCCUAUGGAGCCCGCCACAGCUUCUCCAGCUACUCCGACAGCUUCAUGAACGCAGCGGCGCCCUCCAACCACAUGAACCCCGUCAGCAACGGCCUGUCUCCUCAGGUGAUGAGCAUUCUGAGCAACCCCAGCGCGGUGCCGCCACAGCCGCAGGCCGACUUCUCCAUCUCCCCGCUGCACGGCGGCCUGGACUCGGCCUCCUCCAUCUCGGCCAGCUGCAGCCAGCGGGCGGACUCCAUCAAGCCAGGGGACAGCCUGCCCACCUCCCAGUCCUACUGCCCACCCACCUACAGCACCACCGGCUACAGCGUGGACCCCGUGGCUGGCUACCAGUACGGCCAGUACGGCCAGACUGCUGUUGAUUACCUGGCCAAAAACGUGAGCCUCUCCACACAGCGCCGCAUGAAGCUCGGGGAGCACUCCGCUGUGCUGGGACUCCUGCCCGUGGAGACCGGCCAGGCCUACUAG